CUAUCUUUCAAAGUUGGCAAACACGCAUAAAUAAAUUUCCAGAUGAACAAACUUGAAAAUUUUUAUAGCUGACAAUUCAUUUUAAAAUGGGGAAGAAAAACCGCAGAAAGCAAAUCAAUACAAAUCCCGACAUUUUAAAUGUAAGCAUUCCAAUGCAAGAAGAUGCUCUAAGUGAAACUAGUUCUAACAGUGGAAUUUGGGGCAUGAAAGAUUAUGGAAAAGUUACAGAGGAUAUAAAUGAAAAUGAAGAACCUUCAGAAAUAAAUUUGCUAGAUGAAAAAUUAGACAAAAUCCUAGAAGAAAUAAGCAAUAAAAAUAUAAAUAUACGUUUGAAAGCUCUCCAAGAUUUUAAAUUAUUAUUGAGAUCUCAAUACUUUCCUGAAUUAAUUGAUGAAAAUAAAGUGACCAUAAUGUCACUUCUUGAAAGAUGUGUCAAGCGGGAUCAGUCAAUUAAAGAAAGAAUUUUGGCAGCAGAUAAUAUAGCCCUAUUUUUUGCACAAAUCACUUUCUUUUCUAGUGAUUGUGAUUUUUAUUGGAAACAAAUGGAACCCAUUUUGACAGCUAUAUGCAAACAUGAUUCAAUUGAUAUACAGGUGAGGGAAGCUUGUAUGAUAUCGAGAACUUUCUGCACAUUCCUGGUGGACGGGCACGAUCAGCUGAGGAUGAACCAAUGGUUGGACGAUCUCGAGGUAUUCUUUAAACGUCCGAGACCGAGCCAAAAGAAAGUCGUGGCUCCCAAGACUCGCGAAAUAGACGUUCACGUGCCGCUACACUUGGAACCGGACGACACGCGCGCGACGCGCAUCAACCAUUUUAGAGCUACCGCUCUUCGCGCAUACUCACUCUUACUUACGCAGGCAUCACAACAGGCACUCGCGGCCAGAUUCCAAAAACUCGUUCCAUACCUAAUAGUGAAUUUGUUGGAAGAUGCCACUUGUCCAGUUGAACUGCGUAUAUCCGCUGCCGAAUGCUUGGCCGUCUCCUUCGAAAUCCUUCCGCCUUCCUCUUCCGCAUUGACACCUGAACAAGAACAAUACGGAGUCUGGAUAGAUAGAGCCAUCACGAUUAUCCGAAGUCUUCUCGCCGAAAAUAAUAAAUCGACUUCGAAAAAGGAUCAGAGAGUAGCUCGCGCCCUGUUUAGACGCGUGCUCGGUACUCUAGAAAUGUCCAUUACGGACCUCGAUCAUCGAGAAGCGGAUGCCAAUCAAGAUAACCCGGAUUUCGAUCAGGAUGUCAAUCAAUUUCUCUUAGACGAAGCCCUAUUUAAGACAGAGGUAGUGAGACUGGGUCCGAGUCAGCGUGUCGGGGAGAGCUUGGUGAUCCAGACAUGGGCGGAUAGCGUUCGGUAUCAAGCUAUGUGUCUCCUCUUCGGUCAUGGCGUCAUCGCUCAUCUCAGGGAGAAUGAGUUUAUGCGACAUGCCUUCAAUCUCGGUCCCGUGAUCCCUAUGGCGGAAAUUGGUGUCAAACUGAGCCGAGAGGACAAGCACGCUAGAGAGGUAGAAAUGGCCCACAUGGACAAGGAGCGGACCCGUCACAUGCGGAAGGCCCGAAGGUUCAAGGAUAUGGUUAGAGCUUCUACCUUGUUAGAGGAGUGAAAGGAGACCACUACUCAUAUCUCCGUUGACCACAUAAGAUAUUGGAGAACUCGUAUACUUUAUAUUGAUGGAAAGAGAGGGGGGGAGGAAACACGUGAUUUCGAAUAUUUGCGGAGAAAAUUAGAUGCAAAAUAUUGUUAUACUCAAUUAAUAUUCAAUUACAUAUCACUGCUUUAUAAAUUAUAUGACGUAAUAUUUUAUUUUUUUUUAAAUGGACGAUACAUUGUAGAAUAUUCAAAUUUUUUUUUUACAUAUAUCUCAUCCAUGAUCUUAUUUAUUUUAAAACGUGCUCAAAUUGUCUAAGUCAAAAAAAACGUAAUUUUUUUUAUUUAAAAGUAGAUAUUUUUGUUUUACUUC